AUGAAGAUCGGCAGUGCAAUCAACCCGGAAGCCUUUGUCUACCUUCCCGUCGAGAUUCUACAGCAAAUAUUUUUCUUUCUGAAAGAUGGGUCAGAUAGCCAGCGCAAUUUCUGGGCUUGUUGCCUUGUCUCCCGCCAAUGGUACUCCGCUGCGGUACCCUUGCUCUACGAAAGUCCUUGCCUGCAAGGCAGGAAUUUCGAGCACUUCAUAUAUACAGUGUGCUCGCCCACCAGUAUACGCAGGGGUCGGGCUGCCCCGGCGCGUGAGUUUGCACUCUACAUAAAACAUCUUGACAUGGGUAGCUUGGCAUACGAGAGCUCGAAUAGCCUUACAGCCCGACUGCUGGGUAGAGUAAAGGGAGGGCUUGAGACUUUUAUUGCACCUGCUAAAACGUUCUCUCUUAACGGCUUUAUUCCACUUUCCAAAUGCCAGCAAUUACGGCAGAUCAAUUUGUACUCCAUGUUUGACAGUCUACGUGUUGACCAGGUCCUCCGGCCGUUCCGGAAGCUCAAGCAACUCAGAGCCUUCGCCUUCCCGCGGAGUACGGAUUUCCGCAGCGUGCAUGACAUCACGGAGAUUCCAUGGCCACCAAAUCUCCAACGAAUCACGUUGAAUGGCUUCUUCCCUUCACGAUCGCUAUUCUCAAAGUCUUUUCUCCGGGACUGGCCAUCGUCACUCCGCCACGUCAUCCUGGACAGGGCUUGUGGCCUCCGCCGCCUUUACAGUCUGUCCGAUGUAUACCCUAACAUGCCUUACAAGAUACUUGCGGUGGAUGUCACGACUGGCAGCUGUCUUCGCCCUCCAAUAAAUAUGGCAUUGGCCUGCUCAGGCGUGAGGCUGUUGAGCCUGCCGGCAGAUCUUGCGAUUACUAAUUACAGCUCCUGUCGCACACGUCCUGUCUUGGAGCGGCUAGAUAUACGUCGAACGGCUAAAGCAGAACCGCAUCAACUCAUGCCCUCGGACUUGCUGGAACAUGCCGAAGGCAUCCCAACCCUUCUGCAGAUAUGCCUACACAGUUGCCACGUGGAUGACGAGGAUAUGGACUUCAAGGCCGCAGACACCUUGCUAAAGAGCAGAGCACAGGUGCGAAAGCGGGAAAAUGGAACGAUGGCGAUUGAACCACAUGAGGCCGGGGUGAUCGUUUUCUGGGACGACUGA